AUGGAGCAGAACAAGAAUCAGAGCCAAACACUCACUUCCUCACCCCUUUCUCCUUUCACUCAACCAAUCCGUUGCAUAGUCAAACUCGGAGGAGCAGCAAUCACCUGCAAAAAUGAAUUGGAGAUGAUAAAUGAGGAGGUUCUUCAGAAGGUUUCAGAACAGCUGAGGCAAGCAAUGAUUACAUCUUCUGAGAAGCCUCCCGGGAUGGAUUGGAGCAAGAGACCUGGAGGGUCAGAAAUUUGUUGCAACCCGGAAGAAUUUGGAGAUCAUUCUCCAAUUGAAUGUAGUCCUUUCAUUGUUGUUCAUGGAGCAGGUUCUUUUGGGCACUUCCAAGCUUGCAAAUCUGGUGUUCACAAGGGGCAACUGAAUAAACCUCUUGUCAAAGGUGGCUUUGUUGCUACCCGAAUAUCUGUAACAACUCUUAAUCUGGAAAUUGUUAGAGCACUAGCCAGAGAGGGCAUUCCAUCAAUUGGAAUGUCACCUUUCUCAUGUGGAUGGUUCACCAGUGAGAGACAUAUAUCUUCAGCUGAUUUAUCUUCAGUGGCUAAGGCAAUUGAUUCUGGUUUUACACCGGUUCUGCAUGGCGAUGCAGUGCUUGAUGAGAUUCAGGGAUGCACUAUUUUGAGUGGAGAUGUUAUCAUAAGUCAUCUGGCUGCGUACUCAAAGCCUAAAUAUGUUGUUUUUCUGACAGAUGUAUAUGGGGUAUAUGAUCGCCCUCCAACAGAACCUGAUGCAAUACUCUUAAAGGAGAUUGCUGUUGCUGACGAUGGAAGCUGGUCAGUUGUAAAACCGACAUUGCAGAACUCAAUUGAACUAACAGUUGCUGCUCAUGAUACAACUGGUGGCAUGAAAACAAAGAUAUCAGAAGCUGCAAUGAUAGCAAAACUUGGAAUUGAUGUCUACAUUGUUAAGGCAGCUACAAGCCACUCAUUAAGGGCCUUAAAUGGAGAUCUGAGAAGCAGCAUCCCUGAUGACUGGCUUGGGACCGUUGUUCGGUCCUUGAGAUAA